AUGAUUCUCUCGCUCAGCCGCCCGGUCACCCUGGCCCUUUCGACACUUCUUCUCCUCAACUUCUAUCUCUUCCACCGCGUACUCCACCAGCCUGUGGUCACUAGUACAUUUGCCGUAAAUACAACCCCGGCCCAACAGCAGCAACGAGAGCAACAAGAACAGGAUCAGCAACAACAAGCCUUCUUAUCACCUACUCCUACUCCGUCACCUGAACCAACUAGCGCCACUCAACCCACCUGGACCACACUCUCGGUCUCAGCAGCGACUCCAACCAUCGCCCCAACUUCAACCGCCUUUCCUAUGAAGCUAUGGCAGAAGUCAGGUCCCAAAGGCGUUUCUCCGGACAUCCAGACCUAUAUCCAGUCGUGGCAUGCGCUCAACCCGUCCCUCCGGCACGAAAUACUUUCCGACGACAGUGCUCUCGCCUACGUCGAAGAGACCUUCCGGGACGACUGGCCCGAGGUGGCAGAUCUCUAUCAACAGAUCCAGGUUCCGAUCAUCCGCGCCGAUCUUCUUCGCUUGUUGAUUCUCUACGCCGACGGGGGCAUCUGGAGCGACCUGGAUGUCACUUGCGAGGCGCCUAUCGCGGAAUGGAUUCCCGACGUAUUUGUCAAGGAUGACGGCAACAUCUGGGUGAAGGAGCAGGUCAACGUGGUAGUCGGACUGGAGUUUGACGGAUGGCAGUUUGCCAGUUGGACGAUGAUGGCCAAACCCAGGCUGAAUCACUUCGAGGCGGCGAUCGAGUAUGUGAUGCACCAAAUGGAGGGGAUCGCACAAUCGCACAACGUCUCGCUCUCUGGGGUGACGAUGGAAAUGAUUCCCGACGUGGUGGACGCGAGUGGUCCGCAGGCCAUCACCGUGGCGCUACUCCGGAGUCUCUCGCAUACGCUGGGCAAGACAGUGGAUCGGUCUAAUAUCACCAGCUUGCAUGAGCCGAGACUGCUUGGGGACGUGCUGGUUUUGCCGCAGGCGGCAUAUGCAGCACUGCAGGGCGGGUACCCCCAGGACCAGGGCCCGUACCUGGUCUCACAUCAUUAUGCGGGUUCUUGGAAGAAUGUCCAGGGAGGUGAACAGCGGCGCUAA